AUGUUCCAUAUGGAUGAAAAUUCUAACUUUGAAACCCAGCUCCAGAACUCAAUUCUGGUAAGUUUCGGUCAGAGAGAGAGAGAUGAUGAUGAUGAUGUACCUGCUGUGUCGUCCACGGAGCUCUGGCCAGUGAGUCCCUUCCGCCUCGACUUCGAGCAUUCGCCGUUCAAACUUUGCCUUCGACUUCGAAAUAGCACAGAGAAGAGAGAGAGAUGGAAGACUCAGACUGAGAGAGAGCGGGAGAUAGAGAAAGAAGACUGGAGUGAGGAGGUCGUCGGACCUCGGACGAUCGUGACAGGAGCAGCCAGAAAUCGAGUUGGGGCAAAAAAUGCCCAAAAGAGCUGA